AUGUUGGAAGCCGUUUUGCUUAACUUUGAUGAUGAUGAGAUGGAUGGUUUUAUGGAGUAUGUGAAUUCAUUGCAAAGAAUGGGGUUUUACAACUAUGCACCCCGAAAGUUGUCAUUGGAUCUUAAGAAUAGGAAGACUCCUCCUACAAAGCCUUCAAUUGAAGAGCCACCAAUCUUGGAGUUGGAAUCAUUGCCACCUCACCUUCGAAUGGUCACCGAUUGGAGAGUUUGUAUGGAUUAUCGUAACAAAGUCAAGGAAGGAUCACAAGGAACGCUCAACAAAGUCAUAUGGAAGGAUCAUUUUCUUCUCCCUUUCAUGGAUCAAAUGCUGGAUAAGUUGGCCGGUCGUGCCUUCUAUUGCUUUCUUGAUGCUAUCUUCCCAGACAUGGUGGAAGACUACCUUGAGGUCUUCAUGGAUGACUUUUUGGUGGUAGGGGAUUCAUUUGAUGAUUGUCUUUCUAAUUUGGACAAGGUGUUGGCUAGAUUUGAGGAAACAAAUUUGGUACUCAAUAGGGAGAAAUAUUAUUUCAUGGUUGAGGAAGGCAUUGUCUUUGGCUAUAAGAUUUUAAAGAAUGAUAUUGAAGUGGAUUAG